AUGAAAGCUUUGGGGAAGCUUGGGAGUGAUUUAGAAGCUACACCAAUCAGUGUCCACACCAUGGGUUUUCUGAAGCUUCUCUACUUUCUACACGAUGGUUCAAGCUCAGAGCAAAUGCUUACUAGAGAUGUUAAAGAUCUGAGAAGUGAACUAGACAAGCUGAAAUUGGUUUCUCAAAAACCAAUCCAUUAUAUUGGUGAAUUUGAUGAGUCUCCAAGCUUUGAGAACACCAGUAAAGAAUGUCUGACCCAAGAAGAGUUGAACUACAUUGGGAAACAAAAUAGAUACCAAAGGUUCAACAACUUCAAUACCAACAACAACUUGUCUUAUAGGAGCACUAAUGUGGCAAACCCACAAGAUCAAGUAUAUCCUUCUCAGCGAAGCUUUGCCCCUAAGCCUCAGUUUCAGAGUUCUUUUCAGCCAAAGCAACAGUUUUUUCAGCAACAACAGAGCUAUGGACAGCAGCAGCAACCGGUUCAGAGCAGUAACUGCACCAGCCAAUCGCAGCAACAGAAAUAUCCACCAGGGUUCAGUCAGCAGCCGAUGGGUCAGCAGCAGUUAAGUCAUCAGGCGCCGGUUCAGAAUCAACAGAUGGGACCAGAUAUGUGUGGGAUACUACAGAAGUUGCUACAGGGUCAACAAAGAGUUGAGAGUCAGUAUGCUUCCAUGCAACAAGAGAUAAAAGAGAGCUAA